AUGGAGGAAAACAAGACUGCUAUGGAGCUGCCGUGUGGUUACAAGUUUUCGCCCGGCGACAAGGAGAUUGUGAAGUAUUUUCUGAAACAGAAGAUACUGAACGAGCCGCUAGAACAUGAUACGAUUCCCAGCGUCGAUUUGGAAUGCUACGAUGAUCCGGAUCACCUUCCCCUCAGAGAUUUCAAGAACAAAGCAGAGAACGAGUGGUUCUUCUAUACAAGCAGGCCAAAGCGCAAGCCAUUAACGAAAAAUGGCUGCUGGAGGGAACACAAAGAGGAAGAAGUACUGGACGGCCAAGAAUUAGUAGGCUUUGUGCAAAAGUUCGACUACUACUACAACCUUGCGAAUCCUCCAGAAGAAAGGAAGUUUGAAUGGUAUAUUAACGAGUACAGAAUUGAACCCAGCGUUAUGGAAGCCUACCAGCUUGACGAAACUACUAAACAGAAGGUGUUAAAUCUCGUGGUUUGUAAGGUCUUUCGAGAAGAAAUAGAAACAACUAUGGACGAAGAAGCAGGGAACUGUCAAAGCUCUGAUGAAGAAAUCGGGCAUGAGUAG